CCAACAUCUACGACGUUGACUGGAGUACUUACGAUGGCAUCCACUGAUAAUUUCGGGAAUGGCGGGGCAGAUAACUAUGAAAUAAUUGAAGAGAUUUCUACUAGUGCCGCAUGUUACGUGUAUCGUGCCAGAUGCAAACGCGGACGACUCAAAAACAGGAUAAUCGCCCUCAAAAAGGUCCCGGUCGAAAGAUCACACUCGCCCUCCUCACUCUCCCUCUACCAAACACUCUGCCAUCCUUCCAUUGUUUCAUUGUUCUCUGCAUUCGCUACUUCCAAUCACCGAUUCCAGGUCCUGGAGCUCUGCUCCGGAGGAUCCCUUGCCUCUUUUCUCCGUACUCACGAACACUGCUCUCUAAGUGAAGGCCAAACACGCUCAGUUAUCAAAGCCAUCUUGGACGGUCUAACUUAUCUGAAGAAUAACUCUAUCGUUCAUCGCAACAUCAGCCCUGAAAAUGUUCUAUUGACCGAACAUUGCAGGAUAAAAAUCUCAAACCUGGAUUUAGCAACACGUCUUCCAUCGCAAGAUCAUACCGCAAUCGUUCUUCUAACUCGUGCUGAGUACAUCGCCCCUGAAUUCCUGUCGCGAAGAUCUUAUGACUACCGCGCCGAUAUCUGGUCCCUAGGAUGCCUCGUCUUCACUUGUUUAGUUGGAAAGCCACCGUUUCAGGGGCCUUCAAUGGAUGACAUGUUCGAGAAUAUACUGCACGGACGUUUUUCAACACCAGAAAGUAUUUCUACAUUGGCUAGGAAUUUCAUCUCAAAUCUCAUUCUAGUGGAUCCUAUGGUCAGACUUGAUCUCUCCUCCAUAUUUGUUGAUCCCUUCCUCGACUCGCGGCUUCCAGAAAUUCCCCUGAAGUUCUCAAACCCAGACCUUCCAUCUGGUCACAUCAAAACACUCAAACCGCACCCGAUUCCAUUCCGAGCGCCCUCUUCGCUGAAGACAAAAGUCUCUAUGCAUUCCACUCAUAAGAACGACAGGCCACCACUCCGCGAUAUACAAAACUCUGAUCUUAGACGGAUCCUUAGUGACGAGAUUUCCUUUGGAGACCGACGCGCUGUUUCGGACCCUAGUAAAAAGUCCGGGACUAUCGUUGACUAUGGAAGUCGGCGACAUUCAUCAUUAAAUCUGCCCAUUCAUGUUCGCCCUCAGGUGCUUGAUCGUGCGGAGAUAUCAGAAUCGUCCGACUCCUCUGAACACGAACAUGAAGGUGUUGAGCCACACAAUAUUGUGAAGGAAGCUGUCUCUGAUUCGCUUCCAAUCGGAACAAGUCGUCCUUCUGCCUUAACCACUAACUUACUCUCUGCUCAAGCCCACAAAACGAUUAACGGUCAAAUUACCAUCUUACCUUCUCGGUCGUUACUAGUAGAUUUUCGCGAAGGUGAAAGACGCAGAAGCAACCCUGGGACCGAGGUGUUCGUCGUCAGUCCAGACGGCAACCAGAUCAGUAUAUUCUCAGCGCCUCAUCUAAGCAUACCUUGCUGCCUAACGGAGCCUAUAUCGACAUACACCAUUAAGACCUUGCCGCGAGAGUAUUGGGUUCAAUACAACAAUGCUGGAAGUCUCAUCGGCCGGUUGAAGCAACGUACCCCUCGAAUGACAGUACACGAACCCUCCUCCAAAUGUACUUUGAUGGCCAACACUCCUCAAGCAGACAUCGAAUUAUUACUCGCAGAUUCACUAACUAGCAAAGUUCCUCAAAAGCAAUCGGGCGUUACUUUGGACAGUGACAGACCUCAAAUCCGUCUUCGAUAUUCGCGGCAAAUGCACUCUCUCGAAAUAUCCCAGUGUGUGACUGGUCCUCAGGGAAAGGAGUGGAAGAAACGAACUCUCAGGAUCUCAAGCCUCGAUCCAGUCAUAGAACCUGCACUCCUAAAAUUUACCAAUGCUGAGGCGGAAGGGCUCAGUCGGUUAUCCAAGUUCUUGCGCGUUUGUGUAUCACUUGAAGAAGAAGAAACAAUCUAUGGACAAGAGCACGAUACAACUGUUCUGGCACGUUCCUCAGAAUCGGACUUGGUCGCAAAUUCCCUAGUAUCCAAGAAUCCUCAUAUUACCAACAGGGUCGCAAGUAGCUCCCGCACGCUGGCGCAAUCAUUCUCUGUAUCUUCUGUCGAUCUCAAACUUGCUCCACGACCACCGAAAUUCUCUUCAAUGUCCAAACGCUUGACUCAAGACGACCAAGAGCUAGAGGAUAUCUUCACACCAUCUGAAAAAGAAUUUCAAGAAAUCGAUUACUCAACCAAAGCUCUAUCUCUGACCGCGUCUGAUAUUACCCCUUCUUGGUAUCGGAAUGGUUUUUGCUCAACAGAACUCAUCGCCUCCACACAACCACUUCAAACGCGGUAUAUUCCUUCUGCCGGUUGGUGCAUUCGAUAUAACUCCAAAGUGUCUCAAGGCGGAAGGUACAAAGUCAUGUUCUUGGAUGGAGAGAUCCUUGAUAUAGAUGUAGAUGAAGAGUGGGUUGAACACAUAGUUCCUGAUUUGGAUGACACUGGCAAGAAACAGAGAUGCUCGAUCCGUGAAAGCCACUCGAAGCGCGCCCUUAGUGAACGAAUGAAAGUGUUUGAGGAAUUCGUCUCCAUGUUCGAUGCAGAAAAUUCGUCGUUACAGCCAUGA